UGUCCCGAAAAUCCAGUUCGACGGCACGCAUCCCAUGUCUAGCGUACACAUAGUCGCGGAUACCGUCCUGAUGAUGGGGAUAUCCGAAGCUCCCCCGUCGCGGAAGGACUAUCGAUUUCACCGCUGCGCGUACUACUCGAGGCCACCAAUACUCCCGCACAUCCGGCACCACCACGACGGCGUGAGCCCUGCACUCCGACAGAUGGUGAACAACGUGGCCUGCCAUCCCGGGAGGCGGAAAGCAGUACCCGAACGCGGGUGUACCUACGCCCGGUGUGAUCGCCACAUCUUGGCAAAAGAAGUCCACGCCUGCCGUGCCGACACACUGGUACCGCGAGAAAAACGGCAAUCUACUCGUCAAUCCGGAACCCCCUGCCAUCGUAUACUGCGUGUUAUCCGAGGACGGCAUGAGAUCGACGGUGAAGUCACCGAAGAAUUCGCGCGACCGCUGAAACGCCACUGGCCGAAGUCGGAUGGUUUCGUGGCGGCCCGGUCGUGUAAUCCCAUCUGCUACGCUAUUCGCCUCCGACGGGACCCACCGUAGCCGUAAGCCAAAAUUCGUGUUCGACUUGCAGCUCGUACAGGCUGACCAACAUCGCAUGUGUACUGGAAUUGCCCGAUCGUCCUUUCCGAAACGCGUCUACGACCGCUCGAUUGUCGACAUCCAUCAAUACCUGGGCUCGCUUAAGCUCCCCGGGCCUGGCUCUACAGCAUUCUUUCAGCACUUCGAGCAAGGCAGACAUCUCUUUGCUGUUAAUGGACCUGGAUAACCAUGCGUCUGGGAACCCUCCUCCGGCCGAAAAAUGUCCGCUCGGCAGAGACACCACGCCCCCAUAUUGGGUAGACGACGCAUCCGACGAUGCGGUAGUAAGAGAAACCUCAUAAUGCCUCGCUUUAUACCACGGUCCCUCUUGAGCGGUCGACGACAAAGUCAGCCAAAUGUUCAGCUCCGCGCGGAGAUCGUGCUUAUCUCGCAGCUGAAUCUCGUGGCCCUUGGCCUUCGCAAUCGCCGCAAACAUAUAGUGAGUCCAAAGGGAAGCCGGCCGAAUCGCCACCGACAUGCUGACACACUUCCCUGCAAUCUUCUCCAACACCCGCACUGAUACGGAACCCUUUGUAGGCACCUCUUCUCUAAGCUUAUGAAGCUUGUGCAGCUUGUCUUCCGGAAUGCGGAAUGAUGCGGUACGUGAGUCGCAUAUUAUCCCCAGAUAUCGCUGCUGUUGGGACGGGUUGAGAUCACAUUUCUUGAUGGACAAGAAAUAUCCACAUCGAUACGAUACGAGGAUACCUUGAUGAAGGGGUUCGGCCGCUGAUAGCCAUUGCACUCUGUUCGACUCCCCAAAGGUAGCCACGAAAUUCGCGUCCCACGCAUCAUCGAUGUAUGCCAGCACGGGAAUACCCUUGGAACGCAUAUACGCCGCUUUCGCUUCGCUCAGAGAAUGGUAACAAAACGGACUCUCGUUCCACCCAAACGGCAGUGUGGUACAAACGUAGUCGACGCCGUCGUAGUGCACGCCAAACAACGGCCAGCUUUCUGGCUGCAGGCUGAGGUUGUGGAAACCCGCGCGGUUAUCCAAGCUUCCCAUGAAAACCCCUUCGUCCGCCACGAGUGCUACUCUUGAAACCGUGUCCAUCGUACACGGCACAUGCUUAUAGCACUUGUUAAGAGGGAUACCGUUGAUAAUCAUGCGCGGUUUGGUCGGUUCCACUGAGAUAGACAGGAUAAUCCGCGGUCUAUCCGGCCCCCCCGGUCCUUUUACUUCUCUCCAUCGCGCCAAACAUCCCCGCUUAGCCAGUGCUUGUACUUCGAGUCGCACAAAUUCGGCAUGCUCUUGUGGGAUAUGGUUAGGGAGUACGGCCCCCGGAAACGCCUCCGCACGAUACGGUUCCUUACGAGACUUGCCUCGGUACUCGUCGUGAAGGAAAUCGAAUACACUGACCCCAUGUCGGAGGAAAGAAAGAAGUUGGUCUCGCUGAGGGUGAUCACGUAGGAUGACUUUAUCCCAAAAUUCCCAGUUAUGGUUUAGUCCCCCUGGAACGAAAUGUUCGCCGUUCUCCCCGGCGUCCCGUACGGGUGCUUCCCACGGCAUGCGUGUCUGCCCGUCCCCAUACGUGGCACGCUGUGAGUCUGAUUCCGUAUGCACGCCAUCUACCCUCGGCUGCCCCCGUGACCCCAUCCACUCGCGUUGUUCGUCGGACAAAUCGGGGACCUCAGGGAACGCAACCCUUACUUGUGCGUGCCGCCGCGCUAGGUUCUGCUGCCAAUCGUCGGCGAAAACCUAGGUCGACACCACAACAUGAAACAUGGUACAUCGAUAUGCAACGAUUUUGUAACGGUGGAAAUUGGUACCUCGUAGAAGGGAUUGUCCGUCGGUCUAAAUUUGCAACACGAACGAACUACGAGCGAACGCAGUUACGAUGCACUGAAACCAGACGGACCCACCGAGAGACAUGGCGGACGUAAGGAGAGCAGAUACAACGACACUCCGGGCUGACUAUCUUGCAGUUAUUAUAUGAUCUUAUCAUUUCCCUAAUAAGAACCGUCGUAGUGUUAAUACAAGGAUGAAAGAAAAAACUGCCGAAUUUUGCAGCCAAUGCCUCCGCGUGGCAAAAGGUCGUUGUCUGCUUCUCCCUGAUAAUCCCACGCCCGGCCGAUCAAAGUAUGCCGCGGGGAGUAACGUUCAGGUUGUAUUUAUAUAUGAUUUGUCAUUUAGUGGAACGUGCACACAUCCACCGCGGAUCAUGCCCCGGUCGUUAUGGUAAACCGAGGACCGCCUCUAUACACCCUGGUACUAUGAACUCGAUUCGAGCGACAUACCCCACGUACCGACCCUUUCGUCACCGAUCGAUACACCCAACAUGACAGACGCGAUCAACAUGUAUCCAACGAGUUCAGAUUACUCUGUCUUUAACUUACUCCGGAACCUUCGACGUCAUGGGAACCAAGUACACGUAUGACUCCGCUCUAUGUUACUCCGUCCUUCAUGUGCGACUGGACCUGCAAUUCUCCGACAUGAUUUCUACACCGGCGGAUUCGUGCAUGCGGGCGUCCGGUGGCCGCCUUCUUUGCACCGCGAGCAGAUCCAAAACGCGCACCUCAGGUGGUCGUGGUGUGGGUCCCGAUUGUUGGCCACACAUUUACGGCACGGGUCGAACGAACCGGGGAUGCCCGGGUUUGCUAGUUGCUGUUGCUGGAGCGCGUGAUUUUUCUGGUUGCGUAUGUCGGCCGCCAUCCGGAGUUGACUCGCCGACAUCUGUGCUCCCGUCGUACCCCCCCCGGAUCCUCGUCCCCGACCGCCCGCGUUCCGACCGGGCGGUCCCGGAGUAUAGUGCCCAGCCGCUCCUUGCGCAUAGGGCGAAGCGGCCGACGACCGGGCCUGCCGGCGAGGCUGCCGGAGGGCAUGGGGUUGCCUCCCCUGCCACGGCGCGAUCGCCGUCGCGGCCGGGGGAGGUGGGAUGCCGAUUGCACUCCCACCCGGGAAGAGCGGCGGCGGCAAGGGGGGCUGGCCGUACCCCAACCCCCCCAUGGCUACUCCCGUGCUCGAUAUGUGAACGCCUCCUAAGGAUUUGCGGAUCCUCGCUACGUCCGCGGCAAAGAGGUCGUUGGCGACGCCAUGCGCAUUCGGUAACAAAUUGGUGAACAUCUCGAGGACAUGGACUCCCGCCGCAGCGCCAGCCGUCCUACCAAUCGCCGACACCAGCCUAUCGCCCCGUGCCACCGCAUCAGCAAUGACCUUUAUUUUCGUUGCCGGCUCUCCCACGGCGGUCAUUAUCUGGUGUGUCGCUACCAACGCGUUACGCAGGUUAUCCCAGGUAUAGAAGCCGCCGAUAUUGCGCGUAACUUGCAACACCGUGAGGAACGCGCUGAAAACCUGUGACGUAAAGCAUCGCGUCGAAAAACCGGCGUGCGAUUGUCUCGUCAAAAACCGUCGGUGCGUUCCCAUCGUAGCUCGUCGUUGUCGCGAAAUUCGUGCGAAGAACGAAGGAACCAGGAUAGCUCAUGAAUUCGCGUCGAAUAUCAUCGAUUUAUCCAUCGUGGACCGUCGUCAUUGUCAUUCUAACGUAAACACAUCGUUAGUGUGUGUCGCAAACCGUCGUCGUUGUCGCGAAAUUUCGUGCAAAAGGAACGGAUGGCUCGAAAUCGCGCGCAUCCUCGUAUAACGGAAACACAUUCUUUGCUUGCGUCGCAACUCUUCGUCGUCGUCGCUAAAAUUCAUGUAAACCAACGGAUGGCUCGAAACCGCACGCAUCCUCGCUGAACGUAACACCACGGCCCACGAAUUUACGUCGAAUAUCGUGGGUUUUAAUAUGUCGCAAAUCGUCGUCGUUGUCGCGAAAAUUCGUGCAAAACAACAGGAUGGCUCGAAGCCGCACGCAUCCUCGUUAAACGUAAACACACUAUUUGCAUGCGUCGCAAACCGUC